GAUCCUAAGGUUUUAAAAGAUGUGCUAUUAAAUUCUGCCUGGCCAAUCGGAGAUUCUGUUCAGUUCCAUGCUGUUGCCUGGUGACAGCAGACUGUCUGACAGACUGAGGAAGGAGAAGGGAGUGUUUUAUUUUAGGGGGACUCAUUGUCGAUGCAGAGGUGUUACUGCUCGUUGGGGACUAGCACAACAAAGGACAGAGGUAUCACAGGCUUCGCUGUGUCGAGCCCCUUCAUUCAUAACUGUGCUAAAGGCCCUCGUCCUUUUUGCUUUGCUGAAGAAUCCUCUGGAUUUUAUUUGGACUGGACAGAACGCGCCCCUGAGCCUACAGGAGGGGAGAGACAAGGUGGUUCUGAUGCUGGGAGCCCGUCGCUUGACGGUAGGAUUGACUAACGAGACAGCUCUUUAAUGCUGGAGCCCCGGAGAAGGUAGGAGGGCUGACUUGUGCGCCCUUGUCCGGGAGAGAUACAGCUCCAUGGGCAACAUUUGAUACAGCACAAAAGCCUCCUGCAUAGUCUCCCAAAGGGUACUCCUUCAAAAACAGGCAGAAUAUUAACAUAUUUCCUAACUGCGGGAAGACAAAGAUGAGGCCACAAAGUGUUAGAAAUGCAGCGCAGUUCUCUUCACUACUACGUUUCCAGCUUUUAUUUUUAGUCUGUUAAAGGCACGAGUCAGGUGUGUGAGAGAAUACUCCCACUUGCCUAGCUGACGCAGCUCCAACAACACUCGGGAAGCGAGACACCAUCCAAAACAAAGCAGCCCACUUGAUUCAACUUGACAUAGACCAGUAGCACGACACUCCGCCUCCUCUCAACGUUGAAUACCCUGGAGUCUGUUUUCACAGUCUUAAUGCCAGAUGUGAAGGUCAAACCCAUUUGACUUUUCCGGAGCAGUAGCAGUCUUACCCAUUCUGUGUGGCAUGGACAUUGGUCACUGUUCUGAUGACCUGCCGGCGCACUUUCCUGUUCCAGAACCUGAUCUCACCUUCCCAAGGGGAGCCGUUAUGACAUACACUGCAGGCACGAACAAGAGUCAGGUGGUCCCCUCUUUCCAGGACAGUGUCUCUCUGAGAGACGUAGGCUCAAUGGGGUGUUCGGGUUCCACCCAACAUUUGGCAUGCUGCCACCUGGUGACGGAGCGCUCACUCUGCCAUGCCGUGCCUGGGUGCGCAGUGGCUGUGGGCCCAGAGGCCAGGCUGUACAGGAGCUUGGAGAAUCUCCACUGGACUGCGGUGGCAGAGGGAAACGCUCACUCGUUUAGCCCACCUUGCCAGGACACCGGGAGGGAGUUCGUCUUCCACCACCGGACGACGAGUGAUUGGUACGAGGUCUCGACAGGGCGCCCUGACAUCAACAGCCUGUUGCGUGCUUGCAUCAGUCCACGGUCAGGGAGGCCCGAGGUGGGACAUUCACCGACUUUCGCCAAAGUGCCGCAAUGGCUUUUCCCGUCAAUGACUGAGAAGGUCCUGAACGGUGAUGCUAAGAGGGGGCUGAAAGAGAAACUCCGGUUCCAGAGCCAUAAGGCGACAGAGGUCAGCAAACCUGUCCGCCCUCAGGCCUUUCCUGAGGAUCUUUCUGCUUCAAAAGACUGCACUGGAAGAGUGAACUAUGGACACUGCCCGUCGCGGUAUGGCAAGAUCUUGAGCAACCCUUUGGCAAGAAAGCCCUCUCAAAAUGGCUGCUCAGCUCCUCAGCAAAGGUCACAGCGAUUGAGCAGUCCUGCGGAGAUCAAGGAGGAAGCCAUGCGGAGAUUGAAGCUACGCCGUCAGAACAGCACACCAAACCUGAUAGCCCUCCCCUCCAAGGAGGAAGGUGGCGAAGUGGUCAAGUCCCAGACCACAGAGCCGCUGGCCGAGCCUGGGAAGAACAUGCCCAAAGAGCUGUCAACAGCAGCGUCUGAACGGAGGCGAAACUUCAAGGCACGGGUCCACAUUCCCUCGUUCGAAGAGUUCAAAAAGCUGAGGAAGAGGGAGAAAUGCCAGGCUGUAAGCACUGACGUCCAGUUACAGGAAAGCAAGAACUUUGCCACUCUCUGUGGCACAGUGAGGAGGACGACUGGUGGCAGUUGUCCAUCACUGACUAAGAUGGACCACCACAACCCAUGGAAGAGGCAGCUGACCAGAUGCCAAGGAUUCGCUUGCUGUGACCCCAGACCCUGCCGCUGUCAGCUGGAAGCCCAACAGCUUUGCUCACAGAUUGGCCUUACGCCCACUGGGAACAGAGGCCCUGGGAAGGCCUCUCCAGCCCCACAUAUCCAGGCAACGACCAGCCUGGGGGAGCAUCAUGCUUCCCCAGACCCAAUCUGCACCAGCCCGGCUCCUGGGUCACCCUUGCAGACAGAAGUGACUCUGCCCCGUGGGUGUGAGGAUCUGGUGAAGAGGCCAGAGCCCACAAACCAUGCAGGAUUCAGUCAGGAUGUCAACCACGUGGAGAAGAACAUGGUAGGCGAGGCCCAGUUGUCGUGUUGCCCUUCUCUCCUAUUGGAAACGGCUGCCGAUCUUUCUGGCUAUGGCGUCAGGUUUCAGCAGAUGAAAGACGGCCUGAUAGGCUCAGCCAUCGACCUCAUCAAAAAAAGCUGCACUGCAGAAGCUGCGGCUGUACCAUCAGCCCAUCUCCAGGAGCUGGGUGACAUCACCGUCAAUGAACAGGACAAUCAAUCAGGCCCGGUUUCCACGGCGACCCUGGACUGCGGCGCAGAAGGCAAUCGGAAGCUCGCUGGUGUUCGUCGGCAGACAGAUUGUCAUUCCCUCCCUGGAUGUCGAAGGUCAAGCUCUGACGCAGCCUAUGGGACUACGGAGAGUGCCAAGGCCCAACGUGAAUGCCGCCUGCGCCCCCAUUUCAGCGACCCCAUGCCAGCUGACGCAGUCAAACGGAAGCAGUUGGAGAUGAGGAUAGCGGCUGCCGCAUGGGGCCUUGGUCAGAAGAGACGCCAAGAGAAGGACGGCAACAGUGGGAAUCCACUUUCCAACCCCUCCAUCAGGCUGGCUGACUCCUCUUCUAGCUCAAAGCCAAGAGACGGUCACCAGGGAAGAACCGGCUCAGACAACAGAUCAAAGCAUCGCUGGAGUAACCUCAGCACAGACAGUGGUGUGGUGGGACUGAAUGACAGAAGUGAAGAGAGGGAGGAGGAAGAGGCUGAGCGUGAAAGGAAGAGCAGAACAGCAGAAGUAGAGAGAGCGGACAGCGGUAUUGGGCCAGCCAUGGCCAAGAAAUGGAAAAGUCGGGUGGGGGAGACAGCACGUUCAGUGCAGGCCUGGGUUGUCCAUCGACCCUGUGUCGACUGCGGAGAGAGAGACAUCUCAGAGGCAGACCUGAGGGAUGCCAUGAAGAUACGAGAGAACCUCUGUGGACAGUGUGCAAAGCGCAGGACUGAGCGUAAGGAGGCCAUCUUGGAAUUUGUCAACACGGAAUCGAGCUAUGGGGAGGACCUACGCAUUAUCAAGGAGGAGUUUCACCUCCCCAUGCAGGCGGCUGGACUCCUGACCCCAGAGCAGCUAGCGGUGAUCUUCAGUAACAUACAGGAACUCAUAGAGGUCAAUGAGAAAUUUCUGGAGAGGCUGCAUGACUCCACUGAACAAGCCUUUGAUCAGGAUGAUGAGGACUUUUUAACCGUGUGCAUUGGCGAAAUGUUCCUUGAGUUUGUCAACAUGCUGCCAGCAUUUCAGACUUACUGCAUCCAUCAGUCUACCUCCAUCAACAUGCUGAACACACUGGAGAAAGAGAAGGAACUCCUCAGGAUCUUCCUUGACGUGUCGCAGAAUGACAACACUGCCCUGCGCCGGAUGAAUCUGCGGUCAUUCCUGAUGGCUCCACUGCAACGGGUCACCAAGUACCCACUCCUCCUUAGUCGGAUCAGUAACUCCACGCCAGAGUACCACCCAGACCACUGCAGCCUGCGGGAGGCAAAGAGCAGGGUGGAGUCCCACCUGGAGCACAUCAACAUGAAGACCAAGCAGGAGGCUGCCCCACCCUGGUCGCUGCGCUCCUUCCGCCGGGACAGCCGGCGUAACCGGGAGGUGGUCAACAUUGAGAUGAGGGAGAUCGCCAUCAAGGCUCUGGGCUGGCCGAGGGAGGAUACCCGCUUCCCGAUGGAGGGUACGCUACAGUCCUCUCAGCCCAGCGAUGGGCAGUGGGCCAAGAAGGGAAGCAGAUCACUCAAGUUCCAGACCCUUCACGUGCUCCUGAUGGUCAAUGUGGGCCGGGAGCCAGAGCCCAGCCAAGAUGGCACGGUGGCUGGGAGCAGGUGGGAUCCGCCUGUGCGGGACGCUGCGCUGGUACUGAUCAGGGACAAGAGUGGUGGCAAGUUCUCCCUAUUCCGCCGCCCCAUCCACCUCAGCCACUGCGUGGUGUCCUCGGACCCAGACUGUGAUGACACGUUUGAGCUGCUGGACAUCCGAAAGGAGGCAUUCGUCUUCCGCGACACCGACAAGCACCGGACCCGGCACUGGUUCAGGCUGAUCAAGCGCUACUCACAGGAUCUGGGCUCCUGGCGUAAAAGACGUAAUGCACUCCCCAACAUCAUGAUUAAUGCGACUUACAGCCGGUCCUGAGCCCCAGAGUGAAAUGGGGUCCAUCUUGCCAACCCCAUUCCCUCCCCUCUCAAAUAAAGCAACGUCGUUACGGGAAUGGAUACUAAGUGGGACAGAAGCGGUCGGGGGGGAGGUGGGGUCUGGGAGCAACAUAUAAGGGAGGGCAUAAAUACCUAUCCUUCUGGAUAGAGUUGCCAACGUCCAGGUUUCCCAGGGAUUGAAGGUUAAUCUCAUCAACAGUACUGUGCAGCAAGAGGGCAAAAUCAUUGGGGCAUUAAACCACGGGAACAAUAAUUGGGACAAAACAUUCAGAAAUAUCUGGGGAACUGCAGCUUAAUUAAUUGAAGUCAGCAUGAUUAAUUAACAAAAAAUUGUGUUUAAGUAACUCACUGGUGUUUUUUUGAUAAGGAAAGCAAUGAAGUGGACUAAGAAGUGGGCCAAGAAGGGAAGUGGGUCAUCAAGUUGGGGGCAGCAUGGUGGCUCAGUGGUUAGCACUACUGCCUCACUGCACCAGGAAUCUGGGUUCGAUUCCAGCCU